AUGUUAAAUCCGUCUCCUCUCGCUGACUUGUUCAAUGACCGUCCAUGCCUAGCGUCCGAUUGUGCCUGUCCAAGCAACGGUGAGGAACCGGCUCCUGUCGCAGAGGUCGUAUCGUCCACCAUCGGUCGUCUCACCGGCCCUUCGAACCGGGUUCAGAAAUCCAAACGCAAGUCCGUCAGCAACAGUCGAAAUCCUGCUUCUCUCGAGAAGGCUAUCAAGACCGCGCAGGAUUCCGAGCAGAAGCUAGAGACGGAGGCGCCGAAAUCCUGCUGUAGCUCAAAACAACCACCCGCCACGACGGGGAGUAGCAACACUUCGCCAGCGCCGACAAGUGAGGGCAGUUCUCCAAGCAGCCAUGAUGAUGGUCCUGCAUACUCGGAGUCGGCUUGCUGCUCAUCGAAGGCCACCGCUGAAUUUCAGCCCAGGCCGCUCAACGUACAGCUCGAAACGCGCAAACAGAGCACUCGUUCUGCUUCUGCUGCACAGGUUCAAGGCUGGGAGCACAUCACAGUGGAAGGCAACUCUGCUUCAAAGACAUUUGUUGAGGAACCUCCGAGCACUAAGGAAAGCUGUUGUGGAAGUGGAAUUGCGACUAAAAAAGAGGCUCCGAUCAAGCAGUCAAACCAGAGGCUAAACCUAGCUCCACAAGGCGAUAUCUACCAGCAGGCUCCGAGUCAAGCAAUCAGCGGCAACUACUCGCACAUGCAGUCAGCACAACAGCCAUUUGGGCCAAACCAGCAGUAUCCCUUCUAUGCUGGCCAGCACCAGUUCGGCAAUCCCAUGCACAACCCUACGUUCUCUCGCGCUCCGCCGAACAGCAUACACUACGCCACAAACGGUGCCUCACCAGGCCAAAUUGCUUCGUUAUAUCCUUUUACAGUGGGCGCACAGCUCUCAGAGGGCUUCGAGACUAACAUCCCCGACGUCAUGCACAAUUGCACAUGCGGCGAUGCCUGUGCCUGUCUGGGAUGUGCUGUCCAUCCACGUAAUGAAACCACCCUGCGCCAUUUGCAAGAAGUCGCGAACUUCAUGAUCCAGGAUCCGUUCUACGCUAAUCCCUCCUCACCUCUGUGCAACGAUGAUAACCUUCACUGCCAGCCCGCAUAUCCAAUCCCGGAGCCUACCAACACCGCCUCUGUAGAUCGCCCAUGGCAGGCUGGAAAAAUAGGACAACCUUACCAACAACAAUCUUCAUUCCCACCUCCCGGAAUGCCAUACCCACAAGAUACAAACGGAGGCUCAUUCUGGCCAUCUAGCAAUGGAUUGACUGUCCGACCCACUCACGCUACACCAUCAACCGAAAUUUCGCACUUCACAUUUCAAGAUUCUCGGGACGGCCAGGGUGCUAUCCGACAAGAAAACCACAACAUUCAGCCCGGGCAACUUUCCUACCAACGCACGACUUCAUACAACUCUUCGGUCCCCAAUGCGAGUUUCGCCACCCCGGAGCCGGCAUCGUCAACGGCCGCGGCUGAGACACCAACGCUGUCCCCCUCAUCCUUUUUCUGGCAACAAGUCGAGCUGCCUGGAUGUGAUGACGCGAGCGGAGCAUGCCGCUGCGGCGAUGGUUGCCAGUGUGUUGGCUGUUUGACUCAUGGUGGCCAUGAUGGUGUGCCUCUAGCGCAGUCGAGUGGUGAUUAUCGAAGCAGCUCUGGGUUUCAGUCGCAGGCGGAGCAGGCUCAGAUGAAUUCCAUAGACGGAACGCUUGACACAAAGCUCGCUGGAUGA